AUGGGCCCCUGUACCGCCUCCUCAUGCUGCUGCCAGGCCCGUAAUCUGCCUUGGGCCCCCGUACCGACUCCUCAUGCUGCUGCCAGGCCCGUAAUCUGUCAUGGGCCCCUGUACCGCCUCCUCAUGCUGCUGCCAGGUCCAGAGUGUGUCAUGGGUCCCUGUACGGCCUCCCAUUGCUGCUGUCUCCAUCGCCACACUCUGCCAUGUGCCACUUUCAGGUCUCCUCACACUGCUGGUGGGUUCCAUUUUUGUCAUAGGGUGCUGUAUGGCCUCCCAUUGCUGCUGCCUCCACCGCCACACUGUGGCUCCACACUCUGGUUUUGGCCCCCCGUGACUGCCCAAAUGAGUGAAGUGUGCGGUGAUUCUAAGAUCGACGGCACUCAUCUGCAUGUCAUACUAACUGACAGUAUUAUUUCUCUUCCCCAGCAGACUCCAAGGGCAUUUAAAUUAAAGGUACAGUGUUCUGCACUAAUAUAA